CCUCGGAAUUCAUAAGAAAAAAACAGCAGUUGCAAAGCCUCUCUUCUAUUACUUGCAGACCAUGGCAGGACGGUCCUUUCAACACCUUCUUAGCUUUCUUAUGCUUUUGCUGCUAUGUGCCAAACCUGGCCUGGGGAAUGUUACUGGGUGCAUAGAGAGGGAGAGACAAGCUCUCCUUCACUUCAAACGUGGCCUUGUCGAUGACUAUGGCCUUCUUUCUUCUUGGGGAGAUGAACAUGAUAAAAGGGAUUGUUGCCAAUGGAGAGGAGUCCAGUGCAGUAACCAAUCAGGGCACAUCAUCAUGCUUCAUCUUCAAGCCCCUUGGUCUGAAAAUCCUUACGAGUACCAGUCUCUGAGGGGUGAGAUAAGUCCUUCGCUACUUGAAUUGGAUCACUUGACUCAUUUGGAUCUCAGCUGUAAUGAUUUUGAAGGGAGGCAUAUACCUCCAUUCCUUGGUUCCCUCAGCAGAAUGCAGUACCUCAAUCUCUCUCAUGCCAAUUUCACUCAAACUGUUCCCACUCAACUGGGAAAUCUUUCUAACUUGCUUUCCCUUGACCUCAGCUGUAGUUAUUGUCAUUUGAAUUCUGGGAACCUGGAGUGGCUUUCUCGUCUUUCUUCUUUAAGAUUCCUUGACCUGAGUUAUGUCGACCUUAGUGAAGCCAUCCACUGGUCACAAGCAAUUAAUAAACUCCCUUCUCUCAUUCACUUGGAUUUACAAGGUUGUGAUCUCCCUCCUAUCCCUCCAUUCACUGUUCCAUCUCUUUCCUAUGGGAAUUCCUGUGUCCCUCUUGUUUUCCUUCGUCUGUCAGACAAUGUUAGGAUCACUUCUUCAAUAUACCCAUGGCUGUUCAACUUUAGUACCACCCUCCUUCAUCUUGAUCUCUCUUGCUGUCAUUUAAAUGGUUCGAUUCCCGAAUAUGCUUUUGGGAACAUGAGUUCCCUUGAAUAUCUUGAUCUCCAUUUGAGUGAACUUGAUGAUGAGAUUCCGGAUACAAUUGGAAACAUGGGUUCACUUGCAUAUCUUGAUCUCUCUGGCAAUCAACUGCGGGCCUCAAUUCCAGAUACAGUUGGGAAUAUGGUUUUACUUUCACAUCUUGAUCUCUCUGGCAAUCAACUGCAGGGCUCAAUUCCAGAUACAGUUGGGAAGAUGGUUUUAAUUUCUCAUCUUAAUCUCUCUGGCAAUCAACUGCAGGGCUCAAUUCCAGAUACAGUUGGGAAGAUGGUUUUAGUUUCACAUCUUGAUCUCUCUGGCAAUCAACUGCAGGGCUCAAUUCCAGAUACAGUUGGGAAGAUGGUUUUACUUUCUCAUCUUGAUCUCUCUGGCAAUCAACUGCAGGGCUCAAUUCCAGAUACAGUUGGGAAGAUGGUUUUAGUUUCACAUCUUGAUCUCUCUGACAAUCAACUGCAGGGCUCAAUUCCAGACACAGUUGGGAAGAUGGUUUUACUUUCACAUCUUGAUCUCUCUCGCAAUCAACUACGGGGCUCAAUUCCAGAUACAGUCGGGAACAUGGUUUCUCUUGAAAAACUCUUUCUCUCAGAGAAUCAUCUUCAAGGUGAGAUUCCAAAAUCCUUGAGUAAUUUAUGUAACUUACAAGCAUUAGAGUUGGAUAGAAACAAUCUCUCUGGACAGAUUGCACCAGACUUUGUGGCCCGUGCAAAUGACAUAUUAGAGACUUUGUCAUUAUCUGGUAACCAGUUCAGUGGAUCAGUUCCUGCUCUCGUUGGAUUUUCAUCCUUGAGAGAGUUACAUCUUGAUUACAAUCAACUAAAUGGAACUUUACCUGAAAGUAUUGGACAACUAGCCAAACUUCAAUCCUUGGAUAUUGCCUCAAAUUCAUUGCAAGGCGUCAUAUCUGAAGCUCAUCUCUUUCAUCUAUCCGACUUGCUCUAUUUAGACUUAUCUUCCAACUCUCUCACUUUCAACAUAAGCUUGGCGUGGGUUCCUCCAUUUCAACUGUAUUCUCUACUAUUAGCCUCCUGCAAAUUGGGACCUCGUUUUCCUAGUUGGCUUCGUACUCAAGACUGGUUGAGAGAGCUUGAUAUCUCUAAUUGUGGAAUUUCAGAUGUCCUCCCAGACUGGUUUUGGAAUUUAACUGUCAGUUUCGUAAGUAUUUCCAACAAUCGGAUCAAAGGGACCUUACCCAAUUUAUCAUCAAAAUUUGACUCUUUUUCUGACGUAAAUAUGAGCUCAAACUGUUUUGAGGGUUCAAUACCCCAACUUCCUUAUGACCUAACUAGGUUGGAUCUCUCCAAUAACAAGUUGUCAGGGUCCAUUUCUUUAUUAUGUACAGUUGGUAAUCUGUCACUUCUCCUACUUGAUCUCUCAAACAACACGUUGACGGGAGGGCUGCCCAAUUGUUGGGCGCAGUGGGAAAGCUUGGUAGUUCUUAAUUUGGAAAAUAACAGAUUUUCUGGGCAAAUUCCAAGUUCAUUUGGCUCCUUACAAUCGAUUCAAAGUCUACAUUUGCGCAACAACAAUUUAACUGGAGAAUUGCCUUCAUCUUUUAAGAAUUGUAUAAGUUUGAGGUUCAUUGAUUUGGCAAAAAAUAGGUUAUCAGGAAGAAUACCAGAAUGGAUUGGAGGAAGUUUCCCAAAUUUGAUUGUUCUAAACCUAGGAUCUAAUAGAUUCAGUGGAGGUAUAUGUCCAGAGCUAUGCCAAUUGAAAAAUAUUCAAAUAUUGGACCUCUCUAGCAACAAUAUAUCAGGUGUUAUACCAAGAUGUCUUGGUAGUUUCACUGCCAUGACUAAGAAAGGGAGCUUGGUCAUUGCUUAUGAUUAUUCACUUGAUAUUGGGAUCUUGGCCACUGCUCAUACUUAUCCACUUGAACAUUUUUUUGUUAAACAACAUCAUGAUCCAUACCAGAGAGGUUCAUAUAUGCUUCCAAAUUACUCUUAUGUUGAUAGGGCAUUGCUUAAAUGGAAACGAAGAGAAUUUGAGUUUAAAAGUAUUCUUGGGCUUGUAAAGAGUAUUGAUCUUUCAAGCAACAAGCUAUCGGGGGAAAUUCCAAAAGAAGUAAUUGAUCUUCUAGAAUUAGUUUCAUUAAACUUAUCAAGAAACAAUCUGACUGGAUUGAUCCCUACAAGAAUUGGUCAAUUGAAAUCAUUGGAGGUUCUUGAUUUGUCUCAAAAUCGACUUUUUGGUGAAAUUCCAACGAGCUUGGUUGAAAUAAGUGGUCUAGGUGUUUUAGAUCUCUCUAUCAACAACUUGUCCGGUGAAAUUCCACAAGGUACUCGACUUCAAACCUUCGAUAUUGAUUCCUACAAGGGAAAUCCUGCACUUUGUGGACUGCCUCUUCAAAAAAAGUGUCCUAAAGAUGAAAUAAAGCAAGAUUCUCCCACUGAUAGCAUUGAUGGAAACAUGUGGUUUUAUAUUAGCAUUGCUCUUGGGUUCAUUGUUGGAUUUUGGGGAGUGUGUGGAACUUUACUUCUCAACAACUCAUGGAGAUAUGCCUAUUUCCAAUUCUUGAAUAAAAUAAGAGAUUGGCUCUACGUGAUUAUAGCAAUAAAUAUGGCCAGAAUACAAAGGAGUCUUCGAAGCUAAAUGGAAAUCAACUCUUGUUCUUGCCAUAUUAGCAUGGUUGAAUGCAAAUAGUUGUGUCCUUUAUUCUAUGAUUGAUUUUGGGAUGUAAUAGGUUUCUUGUUUUAUUUUUAUGAUUACUUAUGUUAUUUAGAUGCUUAUUUUAUCUUUUAUUCAGAAAUUUGUGGACAUGUUAUCUCUUUUCUUCAUUAUAUAAAGCUUUUAUUUGGUA